GGAGUUUCGCUCUUGUUGCCCCGGUUGGAGUGCAAUGACUCGAUCUUUAACCUCCGCCUCCUGGGUUCGAGCGAUUCUCGUGCUUCAGCCUCCUGAGUAGUUGGGAUUACAGGCAUGCACCACCGCACCCGGAAAAUUUUGUAUUUUUAGUAGAGACGGGGUUUCUCCAUGUUGGUCAGGCUGGUCUCAAACUCCCGACCUCAGGUGACCCGCCCACCUUAGCCUCCCAAAAUGCUGGGAUUACAGGCGUGAGCCACCGCACACGGCCAACUUGAACUCUUUGGAUGAGCCAGUUGGUGAGAUGCUAUCGAUCUGGGCCAUAAAGGAAAAGCCAAAAUCUGUUUUUUAAAAUGUUCUACUCUCAAUACAACACAACGCCUCUGGUCACCAAAAUGUGUGGAUUUCUCCCCACCAGCAACCCAUCAGUGCUGCAGGGGACACCAGCUGGAUGUCCUCUAGUUCAGUUCAAUUCGUCUCACACUGUCUACCUGGAGAUACUGUCAGAUCCCACUGAUUAAGGGCUCAGUCCCACAAAACUGUGCCCCUCCUUCAGAAGCCAGUUAUGAGUUCAGGCCUCCAGUACUUUUUUUUUUUUUUUUUGGUGAGUGGGAGUCUCGCUCUGUUGCCCAAGCUUGAGUGCAGUGGUGUGAUCUUGGCUCACUGCAACCUCCGCCCCCCCAGGUUCAAAGGAUUCUCCUGCCUAAGCCUCCAGAGUAGCUGGGAUUACAGGCACAUGCCACCACGCCCAGCUAAUUUUUGGUAGAGACAGCGUUUCACCAUGUUGGCCAGGCUGGUCUCGAACUACUGACGUCAGGUGAUCCGUCUCAGCCUCCCAAAGUGCUGGGAUUACAAGUGUGAGCCAUUGCUUCCGGCCCAUAUAGGAUGGAGGUGACCAAUUUGGCAAGGAAGAAAUUAAAAAGCACAUAAGAACAGUAUCAAGACCAUUGGAAUCAGAUGACUUCCUGUCCAAGAUUCCCAGCUGUGUUUGUGCAAAUAAGACUUGAUAGUAGUGGAAAACAGGGACAAGAAGAGACUGUCUCUUCUCAGGUAGAUCCCCAAAACUGAAAGCCAUUUUCAAUCCUGCCACUUGCUCACUAAAGAUUUAGGGUUUAGGUCCAAACCCUAAAUCUUCGAUUCCUUAUCUUCUCAAACAUGCUCUUGUUUGCUUGAUGCCUGGGACGAGUGGCCAAGGCCGACAUUAUUAGACGUUGGUUAAUCCCUAAUUUCGCCAAACAAUGACGGCCUAGGCUUUUCCGGCUUUUGAAACAGGAAUUCAAGACACUAAAACUUGUGUUGAUGACAUUUUGGGUUGGGGCUUUUCACAACUGAUGACACUGGAAAAAUAACCCAUAGGAAACUACCGUAUGAGACCCUAGAUCUCGGUUUAGCAGUUCACCACAAAAGUGGUGAGGUGUUUUUUGGGUUUUAAUUUUAGCUGCUUGCCUCUGUUUUUAGUUCGUGUGAUUGUCUCCGCAAAGGCAGUGAAUGGAGAAUUCUCCCUAAGGUCAGCAUUUAAUUAUUGCCUCACUCUGGCUGCUAUAGUAUUACAACUCUUGGAACGUACAGCAUCGAUCCUACUAUUAAAGUUGCCUGGAGCAUGCCAGCACGUUGGACAUCGGCGUUCCAGCAACUGCCUCAGUCACUGAAUCGAGUGGGAGGCUCAUUUUGCAGUUUACUAUCUCCAUGAGCGGGUCCGGGCGCGGGACCUGUUCUAUGACUCAAUUGGGUCCUGCCCCUGUCCGUCAUCGGAAGGCUUACAGCGCCUACUGUUUUGCAGUAAGAUUUGCAGGCUUAGCACCGCCUCUGGAAACAAGGAGAGUGAAGGGGCGUUGACGAGUAGCGUUGUUUGUAUUUCUCUCCUCAUUGGAUGGCUGCUGUGUCAGUCACACUCUUCUCUGCUCCCGUUGGCGGGAGGGCUUCAGGCGGGUAGCGGGGACUCGGUACUGCCCCCUCCCAAGCUGGGAGCAGGGCGCGUGACGUCUCAGACAUUUGUUGUUGGGGUUUGGGCCUCAUUAAUUAUUCAUUAGGUGCUUGAAAGCUCUGCAGGGAUUGGUGGCUGAGAGGCCUGGUCGACUGUUUCUUAGCUAGAGGUACGUGUCACCCAGUACGCGGCUGGAGAAGUUUUGCAUAAAUUAUUCCGAUAAGGAGCGGGGCGGGGCUGUGUGCAUAGAUUAGUCAAAUGAGCCUGGGAGGGAGGGAAGCCGGCUACGAAUUAGCCUAAGUUAUUAAAGAUGGCGACGGAGCGCAGUCGCUCCGCGAUGGACUCGCCGGUCCCGGCCUCUAUGUUCGCCCCCGAGCCCAGCUCCCCCGGGGCGGCCAGGGCCGCAGCGGCCGCCGCCCGACUCCACGGCGGCUUUGACUCGGACUGCAGCGAGGACGGCGAGGCGCUCAACGGCGAGCCAGAGCUGGACCUCACCAGCAAGCUGGUUCUAGUGAGCCCUACAUCAGAGCAGUAUGACAGCCUACUUCGGCAGAUGUGGGAGAGGAUGGACGAGGGAUGCGGAGAGACCAUAUAUGUCAUUGGGCAGGGAUCAGAUGGGACUGAGUAUGGGCUGAGUGAAGCUGACAUGGAGGCCUCCUAUGCCACAGUGAAGAGCAUGGCGGAACAGAUAGAGGCCGAUGUCAUCCUUCUGCGGGAACGGCAAGAAGCUGGGGGCCGCGUGCGUGAUUACCUGGUCCGGAAACGAGUAGGAGACAAUGACUUCCUGGAGGUCAGGGUAGCCGUGGUGGGCAACGUGGAUGCCGGCAAAAGCACGCUUCUGGGGGUCCUGACACAUGGGGAGCUGGACAAUGGCCGAGGCUUUGCCCGCCAGAAACUCUUCCGCCACAAACAUGAAAUUGAAUCUGGUCGCACCAGCAGUGUGGGCAACGACAUUCUGGGCUUUGACAGUGAAGGCAAUGUAGUGAACAAGCCUGACAGCCACGGCGGCAGCCUGGAGUGGACCAAGAUCUGUGAGAAGUCCACUAAAGUCAUUACCUUCAUCGACUUGGCUGGUCACGAGAAGUACCUGAAAACCACUGUCUUCGGCAUGACAGGCCAUCUGCCUGACUUCUGCAUGCUCAUGGUGGGCAGCAAUGCUGGCAUCGUGGGGAUGACCAAAGAACACCUGGGCUUGGCACUGGCACUCAAUGUACCCGUCUUUGUGGUAGUCACCAAGAUUGACAUGUGUCCUGCCAACAUCCUGCAAGAAACCCUGAAGCUGUUACAGCGCCUGCUGAAGUCACCAGGCUGCCGGAAGAUCCCCGUGCUGGUGCAGAGCAAAGAUGAUGUGAUUGUCACAGCCUCCAACUUCAGCUCUGAAAGGAUGUGCCCGAUAUUCCAGAUCUCCAACGUUACAGGCGAGAACCUAGAUCUGCUGAAGAUGUUUCUCAACCUCCUCUCCCCCCGCACCAGCUACAGGGAGGAGGAGCCUGCUGAGUUUCAGAUUGAUGACACCUACUCCGUCCCAGGUGUGGGGACAGUGGUUUCGGGGACAACACUGAGAGGCCUGAUCAAGCUGAAUGACACGCUGCUGCUGGGCCCAGACCCCCUGGGUAACUUUCUGUCCAUUGCUGUCAAAUCCAUCCAUCGCAAGCGCAUGCCUGUCAAGGAGGUGCGGGGUGGCCAGACAGCAUCCUUUGCGCUGAAGAAGAUCAAGCGCUCGUCCAUCCGGAAGGGCAUGGUGAUGGUUUCCCCACGUUUGAAUCCCCAAGCCUCCUGGGAGUUUGAGGCCGAGAUUCUCGUCCUCCACCACCCCACCACAAUUAGCCCGCGCUACCAGGCCAUGGUGCACUGUGGGAGCAUCAGGCAGACAGCCACCAUUCUGAGCAUGGACAAGGACUGUCUGCGCACUGGGGACAAGGCCACUGUACACUUCCGCUUUAUCAAGACCCCUGAGUACCUGCACAUAGACCAGCGGCUGGUGUUCCGGGAAGGCCGCACCAAGGCUGUCGGCACCAUCACCAAGCUCCUCCAGACCACCAACAACUCCCCGAUGAACUCCAAGCCCCAGCAGAUUAAAAUGCAGUCGACGAAAAAGGGCCCCCUGACGAAACGAGACGAGGGGGGCCCGUCUGGUGGGCCAGCAGUAGGAGCACCCCCACCUGGAGAUGAAGCCUCCUCUCUAGGGGCUGGGCAGCCAGCUGCGUCCAGCAAUCUCCAGCCUCAGCCUAAGCCCAGCAGUGGAGGCCGGCGACGAGGGGGCCAGCGCCACAAGGUGAAGUCCCAGGGGGCCUGUGUGACUCCUGCCAGCGGCUGCUGAACCUUCCCCUGGCCCACCCCCACCACCCAAGGGGUCAUCAUCUCUGGCCACCAUUCCACCAGAUGGGCAGAGCAGCUAUGACCGCCACCCAGCCCUCCCGCUCAGGCCACAGCCGGAGCCUCCGCAUUGCCCCCACCCCCAUUUUCCAGGGGGGUUGUAAUUUAUAAGCUGAGGAAGGUAGCCAGACUUCUGGAGGACUGACCAUCUCUCACUGUCCUCCCCACCUUCUUCCUCACUCACACAUUUUUUUGUACAUCUGGGCCCUUAGUUUUUAUUCUGUUUAUUAUAUGUCUCUGUCUCUCUCUAUUGUGUGUGUGUGUGUGGUGCAGGAGUGCCACCCCCAGGGCCCUGUCAGCCUCUCUUUUCUCCUCCAUGGCUGCCUGCCUGCGAGUCUGUCUCUGAGAAUCCUCGGGGCGGUCAGGGGAUGUCAGGAGGGGAAGGAGCCGCCCUCCCUAUCUUGCUGCUCCUCUUGGCACUCAGGGGCACCUUCCAUGGAGCCAGACUGGGUGGAGGGGCUUCUGGGAUUUGGUGUCUGCUGCUGCCAGAGCAGGAACCCCCAGUCUAGGACUUGGGCAUUUUAACAGAGAGAAAGUAGUGGCUUCUCCUUUUCUCUCUCUCUGCCUUUUUCCCUUUAAGCCCAGAGAUUCAGGUCAUGCCAAAAGCUCUCUGGUUGUAACCUGGAGACAUGUGGAGGGGAAUGGCGAUGGGAUUAUAGGACUCUCCCCAUCCUGGGCCCUGACCCUGACCCUUGCCACCAACCCAAAGACAACUGGUGGGUUUCCCCUUGGAGACAAUCCUGCGUUUGCCUGGGCCGGCCCUGGCUGCCCUCAGCUUUUGCUGAUUUGCCCGGCCUGGAGCCUCCCAUCACCCCGCUUCUUGUUGGGCCUCAGGCACUGGUUACCAAAAGGGGGUCUGGGUCUGCUCAGGAUCAUGUUUUCUAGCACCUCCUGUUGGAGGGGUGGAGGGAUGUUCCCCUGAGCUAGGCUGAGACUAGAACCCCAUCUUCCCCGUCAUGUCACUCCUGUGGCUGCUACAGGAGCACAGUAGUGAAGGCCUGAGCUCCAGGUUUGAAAGACCCAACUGGAGCGUGGGGAGGGCAGGCAGGGUUCAGUGAAAGGACACUUCCAGGGUUAGGACAGAGCAUUUAGCCCUCUGGAAGAACCCCUGCCUGGGGUGGGGCUGUGCAGGCCAGAGAAGGUGGCAUGGGCCUGAACCCACCUGGACUGACUUCUGCACUGAGGCCACAGAUGUAGGGGCAGGCUGGUGGGCGGGGGUGGUUCAUUCUCUAGCCGGGGCAGACACCCAGCUGGCUGGGUCCUUCCUCAGCCUUGCCUCCUCCUGUCCCCAACCCUUUCCUUUCCUCCUGCUUGCGGACUGCUGGUCCCCUCUCCUUCCCUCCUUCCAGCUGUUUCUAGUUACCACCUACCCCUGGCCAUGGACUGAUCAGACCAGCAUUCAAAAUAAAAGUUUGUUCCAAGUUGACAGUGUGGUGCUCCCUGCCCAGCCCCUCCAGGUGGAGGUGCUGCCACGGGAACGCAGUUGCUCUGCCUGCCCUGGGGCCCCUGGCGACAGCUGGGAGCAGGGCAGUGCUGUGAGGAGCCCAGCUUUCCCAGUCAGGCAGGCAUGGCUUCCAUGUUCAGGCUCCCUCACCAGCUGGUGACAGGGGACAAGCUUACCAACCUUCUCUGAACCUCAGUUUUCUCAUUUACAAGAGGCAAAGCCAUACAUCAAGGUUGUGUGGAUUCAGAGAAUGUGAGGCCCUGGGGUGUCCUACACACGGGAAGGGCUUGCUCAGUGAGCGGUCUGCACACCGUUAGCCACCCUGCCACCUCUGUGCCCUGGGCAGGCUUGAAAGGAAAGCUGUGGCUGGGACUGCCAGGCAUCUCACACGCUCCUGUUGACAUUCCCAGCAGCCGCCCCUGAGGUCGAUGUUUGUUCUGUUUUUCUUUUUUUUUUUCGUUUUUUGAGACAGAGUGUCGCCCUGUUGCCAGGCUGGAGUGCAGUGGUGUGAUCUCUGCUCACUGCAACCUCCACCUCCCAGGUUCAAGCGAUUCUCCUGCCUCAGCUUUCUGAGUAGCUGGGACUACAGGCGCACGCCACCACGCCCAGCUAAUUUUUUGUAUUUUAGUAGAGACAGGGUUCCACCAUGUCGGCCAGGAUGGUCUCGAUCUCCUGACCUCAUGAUCCGCCCGCCUCGGCCUCCCAAAGUGCUGGGAUUACAGGUAUGAGCCACCGUGCCGGGCCUGUUCUGUUUUUCUAGUUAAGGGAACUGAAGCUCAGAGACAAGUGUCACCAGCAGGUGUUCAUUCCUGUGCCAGCCUUGCCCCCCGGCUUUUCCCAGGCGAGCUCCUGUGUGUCCACUGGCUCCAGCCCGGUCCUCUGUGUCUUGGCUGCUUCCCUCCUGCUCUUUGUCCUGACUCUUGCCCUGCUUACAGGGGCCACUACCUGCUGGUGCCUCCAUAACAAGCCUCUGGCGUUGAGCCCCCUGGCAUGGCAGGGGCUGUGGGGUCUGGCUUUCCACCAGGCUUAGCCAUGGCAGAACCUCGUUUUAUUUUAACUCUUUGCCCUUACAAACAGCAGUACUUGCAGGAACCAUUCUUGGGAUUCAGGAGCUCUGGCGACUACCUUGGCUUGUGGCCGCACCCAGGAGGGUGGGGUUGGAUCUGUGUAGUUGCCAGGCCCACAUCUGCCAGCAGGGGGCUGACUGGAUCCAUGCUUUACUGUGUUUAAUGGGGGUAACAGGGGUCCCUACAGCCCUCCCAGCUAAACAUUUGGAACAAAACACCAGCCCUUUUGUAGUGGAUGCAGAAUAAAAUUAAUCCAAUCACCUCCAA